AUGGACGGACACCAAGCUUUCUCAGGUUUGGCUGUGAUUGCCGAUUGUCCAGGCGACGGACAGGACACCAGAUCCCAGUCUAGUACCGCACUUGCUACUCCAGUGAUUCCAACGCGAGACCCUCGGGCUGUCGUAUUCUGCGCCGCCAGAGAAGUCACCCGUAUAUUUGAAAAGGAGGGAUGCACAUUUGCGAUCCUAGGGAGUACAGCGUGCUAUCUGUACGGAAAUGACCGUCUACCAAAUGACCUUGACAUUCUGAUGUCAUCACAUACCUGCAAACCAGAGUGGUUGAAGGAAUUCUUGGUCACUAAUAAUCCGGAUCGAUUUUAUCUCACGGACGCUAAAACACCCGGAGCUACCUGGAAGGUCCUUUGGUACCAUGACCUUGGCGUGGAUGGGAAAUUGGAGAAAACGAAGAUUGAUAUCCUCAAGCCGGGAGUGUUACAGCUCCCGAUGAUAUUUUCCGAGGCUAUCGUGGAUAAGCAGGGAUUACCGGUCAUUCCCCUGUCAAUUCUGCUGUUGCAUAAGCUGAAGGGAUGGAAGGACAAUAUGGAAUCGACAGAGCAGCGACUUCGGAGCAAGCAUGAUGCGGAUGUGGGAGAUAUAGGAUCGUUAGUGAAGAUCGUCCUAGAAGGUAUGAACAUGCAGGAAAAGAAAAACUCGAUGUAUUGGAAACAGUUUGCGCUGGAACGGUUUGAUCAGGAAUUCCGGGAUGGGACGGAGCGUCGGGUGAGGUUGUUUUGUUCGAGGUUCCCAGAGUAUCGUGAUAUGUGGCGAAAGCUAGGCUGGUAGACACA